CCCUUCACAAUAAACGCCUGGUCCGGUCUCUCAUGAUGAGUGUCUGGAUGUUCCCGGUCCCGGUCCAGCUCCCGGUCCCGGUCCAGCUCCCGGUCCAGCUCCCGGUCCCGGUCCAGCUCCCGGUGCUGGAGGACGAGUCUCCCUGCUCCUCUGACUCGGUCUAACGGAGGUUCACGGCGGGUUUUACCGGCGCUGUGAGGGACAGACUCCUGUGACGGUACCGACGCUCGGUGUUUCCCUCCCGGUUCUCCGGUGCGAAGCUAACGUUAGUAGCCGGCGAGCUAACCGGAGAGCUAACCAGAGAGCUAACCGGAGAGCUAACCGGAGAGCUAACGUAAGCGGCUAACGAUCAACGGCCGCAGCGUGACGUCACACAAACAACCACCGGUCAGUGGUCCCGGUUCAACCUCCGAGGACAGAGAGACCCGGGUUUUCAGAUUCACCUCAGAGUCCCGGGGUUCAAGUCCCGGUUCGGGAUCCUGUCUGGGUACCGCGGGAGCUGAGGUCCGGACAGGAAGCGUCUGCAGCAUCUGAAUGAGUCUUAGACCAGUAACCUCAGUGGUUCAGCCUCAGGGGACAUGAUGGGGACUCAGGGUCCCGGCAGGAAGAGGAUCCCGAACAGGGACAAGGUGACGGCUGAGGACGACGCUCUGAAACGGGUCGCACGAGAGGCGGAGGCGCGGCUGGCGGCGAAGCGAGCGGCGAGAGCUGAGGCCCGAGAAAUCAGGAUGAAGGAGCUGGAGCGACAGCAGAAGGAGGUGUCGGACGAUGAGGAGAAAAUGUCGGUCGGCAGCCGAGGAAGUUGCAGGCCAUCGGAGCCCAGCAUGUUUCUUGGCUCCGCCUCUCGAGCCUCAUCCAGGACGAGUUCAGCUCGAGCGAGUCCAGUGGUGGAGGAGAAACCGGACAGAGACUUCCUGGACAAAGGUUCCAGGACGGCUUUGACUCUGUCGGCUUCCACGCUCGCGUCUCUGGGCGGAGCUUCGUCUCGGAGAGGAAGCUGCGACACAUCGUUCUCUGUGGAGACGGAAGCGUCCAUCAGAGAAAUCAAGGACUCUCUGGCGGAGGCCGAGGAGCGUUACCGCAGAGCGAUGGUUUCCAACGCGCAGCUUCACAACGAGAAGUCGUCUCUGAUGUAUCAGGUGGAGACUCUGAGGGAGGAGCUGAGCGACCUGGAGGAGCAGCUGUGGGAGGAGCGACGACACGGGGGCGACACCAAGAAGGAGUUGGAACUCGAGCAUCAGUCUCACAGUUUCCUUCAGUUCCAGUUUAAAGAGAUGAAAGAAACUUUGAGACAAACUGAAGAAAUGCUGACGGAAGUGUCAGAGCUGCGUCUGCAGAGCAACAGUUACCGUCAGGAAGUUUCUGACCUGCAGGAAGUUCUUCAGUGGAAACAGAAGAAGAUCGCGGCGUUAGAGAGAGAGAGAGAAAUCUCCGACAUCGUUCGAAUUGAACGAGAUCGACUCAGAGACGAAGCGACUCAGCUGCGAGGUUUACUAAAGAAACACGGUGUUGUGGUCUCGCCUGAAAUCUCCACCAAUGGGGAGACGGGACAGACUGAGGCUGAUGUCACCACCGACUCCGGCUUCCUAUUGGCUCAGGACUGGUGUCAUGGCAGCAGAGAGAGCAUGCUGGGGAACAGCGGAGCGCGGUGUCCAGCAGAGGGCAGCAAACUCCAGCAGGACCACAUGAGAAAGAGCUUGAAGAUUCUGAAACGAUCGCAGUCGCUGAAGUUUCUGAGCGACGAACAAACUAAACGUGACACUUCACACGAGGGAGUGAAAAAACGAGUAGAAGACGAAAAGAAAGAAAGAACCAAACAAAUGAAAACAGGAUCUUCAGUCGCUCGUUUGAACAAUCACGACAUUAAACCUGAGUUUCGCUUCUCACCUCAGGGUGUCCUCGUGACAGAAAACAAACGCUCCUUCAAACACAGAGGAACAGUUCAUGGAGGAACUCGAUCAUUAGCGUCUCAGCCGGAACGGAACCAAAAACGUCACGAGCUGGUUUCACUUGUUUGCAGAACUUCAACCAAACAAGUCGCUUCACGCCAAGCUGCAAACAAGAGGUCGAAUCUGACGAGGAAACAAACGAAUGAGAUUCAACUCAAACAAAAACACGUCAGAGGAAAGUUAAUGUCUGAUUUUACACAAACGUCCUUGUCUGCUGUCGAGAGCCGAGACAAAGACGUCAAAACAACGAGUGAAGAACAAAGUUCAGGAGAAGAUAAGAGAAAGAACAUGAUGAUCAGGAGAGAAAACCAAUUCAUCAACAUGUCAUCUGAGAUCCAUGAAGUUGAUUGGUCUGAAAAGGAGAUGAUUGAAGCAACAGAUAAAGUUUGUCGUCUGUUGAAGAACUCAGCAGAGAACGUCUGUGAGAAGGAGUUCAGUCGUUCUGGAACCGACGUGAAGUCGUGUGAAACAUCAGAAGAAGAAACAAGUGGACAACGACAGAAUUCGCAGGAGAAACCAGAGAAGAAGAUUCACGAGGGAGAAGAGAGAGAUGUUUCCUCUGAACCUCACAAACAUCAACGAAUAGAAACGAUGGGUCGUUUGGAACAAACUCUUCAUCGUCUGAUCAGAGACGUCAUUCAGAAUCACAGUUUCCUGUCUGAGAGAGAGAAUUCAACACAAGAAGAAGAAGAAGAAGAAGAAGUUCAACCUUCCUCAGCAUCAAAACUCCCUUCAGUCUCAGCAGCGACGCACAAACUCACUCACCACGAUUUGUUUAACGUUUCACAUCAGAGAAGGUCAGAGGUCACAUGGACGUCGUCUCCGGAGGAAACGUGCGACGAUCAACGAGACGGCGCCGCUCUGACCACGAGCUGCUGCUUCCAGUUUGUUUUUGUCGAGUCUCACUUUGCCGAACCUGAGGAGACCAGAUCUGCUGAGUCACCUCAGAGACCAGGAGGAGUCCCGACUGAAACCGACGUCAAACUGAGAAGAAGGUUAUCGACAAACCGUCACGUGGAUCAAAGCUCAAGGAUCAGACGCCUCAUCGAGACGACAGCGGAUCAAAUCAAGAGCUUCAUGGUCACAGGGUUCACGACGACCAGUUUCCAAGAAGGAAGAAUCGAUGAGGAUCCACAGUCAAGCCCCGCCCCCUUGGACGAGACCAUGGAAGGCGGGGAGACAUUGGCGGAUGGCGUGGAAAGCUGCGAGGAGGCAGAUGAGGAGGCAGUGACACAACAACGUGGACCAAUGACGGAGGUCGUUAUUGAGAAUGUGGAAGUCGUUGUUGAGCUGCCACCAGGUGUUGCAGAACUUCGGCUGAAGAAAGUGUUUGAAGAGAGAGAGAGUUUACAGGAUCAGGUGAGACUGUUAAAGACUCAACUGGAUCAGAGACAGAAGAAGGGGAGCGACGGAAUCGAGGACCCAGAGGACCAGACUCUGGAGAACGGGAUGGACUCUCAUCUUCUGGACCUGCAGAGAGACGCUAACAGACAAAUAAGUGACCUCAAGUUCAAACUGGUGAAGACGGAACAGGAAGUCACCGCUCUGGAACAAAAUAUCAUCCGUCUGGAGGGUCAGGUGACUCGCUACAAGUCGGCGUCGGAGAACGCAGAGAAGACCGAAGACGAGCUGAAGGUGGAGAAGAGGAAACUGCAGCGAGAGCUCCGCUCGGCUCUGGACCGCGUCGAUGAGCUGGAGGCGAGUAACGCCCACCUCUCCAAACGCCUGGAGAAGAUGAAGGCCAACCGCAACGCCCUGCUGGCCCAGCAGUGACGCCCCCUGCUGGCAGAACUGUCGGUGCCAUGUUUUCAUCUCCUUCACGACAGAGACAUAUUGAGACAGUUGGGGGAGCGCUUCAUUUCCUCUGCAUGCACCACCAGGCGGGUGGAGUUAACAGAAAUUUGAGGAGAGCUAUUCUGAAGUGGGAACACAGGAGAUGCAGACCACACCCACGUGUGGGCGGAGUUUGCCAGUCAGAAAAACUGUUGAUGUUUCCGUGACAACAGGACAUUUGCUGAAGCAUGUGACGAAGUCGACAGAGAUCGUUUGAUCUGAAUAAUAUUAAUAAUAACUUUGUUUAGCACUUUAUCUAAUUGUUACAAAUUCACACAUCCAUCACAAAUAAUGAAUAAGAUAGUUUAAUUAUUUAAUUUUAUUCAGUUGAACUUUAAACUGCAAAACUUAACAUUUAGGUCAAGACCUUGAAAUGAUAAAGAAACCGACACAGAGUCAAAUCUGUCCCAUUUAAUAAACCUCAUCAAAUAAAGUGACAGUAAAAGUCAGAUAAAAGGAAUAAAAGGUUAAAACAACACAUUCAAAACUUUUUAAAACGUCGACCGACCUUCGUCUGGGUUUUACUGUUUUGAUUCUGUCGUCCAGGUAACAGUGGAGGGGCUGUGGUCACGUGUGUGUAUGUUGUGGGCGGAGACUCAUCAGAUCAGGGUCACGUGUCAUUGUCUGUAAAUAAUAAACCUUAUUGAUCCUGUAAAAUACUGAUAAUUGGUGAUGAAGAAUGACGAGCGGAUGUUUAUAGACAAAUAAAAUUGAAGGAAAUAUUCUGAAUGUACGAAGUGGGCGGAGCUUCAUGUGCGAUCUGAUGUUUGUUGCCUGUUUACAUUUUUCAGUUUGAAACAAAUUAAAUGAAACUAAAUCAA